AUGGGUGAAGGAGAGGUGUCUGAGAAGCCCGAGGCAGCAAAUGUGAAUGAUGUGGGGGUGGAAAAGAGUGAGGCUGUGACGGAGAAGAAUGAGCAGAAAAAUGGAGGGACUGAACUAGUUGAAGAUAAAAAGGAUGAUGGGAAAUUUGAGGUGCAGAAAAUGGGUGCAGACAAAAAAGAGGUCAAAGGAAGCAAGGGAACUGAAGAAAAAGAUGUGGAGGAGGAAAAUUUAGCAGGUGGAAGCAAAGAAGGAAAUGAAGAUACAGGAGAGGAAGAGCAUGGAGCCACAGAAGAUACAGGGAAGGAAGCAACCAAGAUCGAGGCAAAAGAGGAAGAAAAACUGGAAGAAUAUAAAGAGAAAAGAGGCUCGAAGAAGCGUCCGAGAACUAAAAGUAGUGCUGCGAAAAAAGAGAAAAAUAAGACAAAUGAAGCUGAAGAGAAGAAAGAAAAGGAUCUGAAAACCCCAACUCUGGAAAAACGAAAAGAGCGGAAAACCCUUAUAGAGACAAAAGAGCCGAUAAGCCCUACAGCUUUUGCAAUUCAACGUCCUGUACGUGAACGGAAAUCUGUAGAAAGGUUGGUCUCCAUUGUUGAGAAAGAUAGUGCUAAGGAAUUCCGAAUUGAAAAGGGUCGUGGAACUGCACUGAAAGAUAUUCCUAAUGUGGCAUACAAGUUGUCAAGAAGGAAGAGCGAUGACACCUCCAAGUUGCUGCAUACAAUUCUUUUUGGAAGGAGGGGAAAAGCAGCUGAUGUCAAGAACAAUAUAUCUAGAUUUUCUGGAUUUGUGUGGCAUGAUGAUGAGGAAAAGCAAAUGAGGAAACUAAAAGAAAAACUUGACAAGUGCGUCAAAGAAAAACUGGUGGAAGUCUGUGACGUUCUCGAUAUAUCAAUUUCCAAGUCUACUACAAAGAAGGAAGACAUAAUCACAAAGUUGAUAGAUUUUUUGAUGGAUCCUCGUGCAACAACCACUGAAUUGCUUACUGAAAAAGAACAGUCGGUCAAGGACAAAAAGCGGAAGAGGGUCAGCAAAAGCACUGUAUCAGCAUCUGGGAACGCAUCUUCAAAAGGCUCUGCCAAGACUCAAAAGAGAACUGAUAGUGCAUCUGAAAAGGGUGGGGAGAAAAAGAGCAUGCCUGAAUCUGAUGACGAAACAGAAGAAGAGAAAGAUGAAACACAUGAAGAGGAAACCAUUAAUGGCGUUCCCAAAAGAUCAGAAAAUGAGUUGUCUGAUCAAGGUGAAAGUGAGAAGGAAAGUGCAUCUGAAGACGAGUCCGAUGAUGACGAAGGAAAUUUAAAGCGAGGUAAAACAAAGUCUCCAGCGAAGAAGGGAUUUGGUAAAAAAGCCAAAACUAAGAAAGUUGCGAUAUCUAAGAAGGCUACUCUGCCUAAAAAAGCACCUGCAAAAUCACCAUCAAGUCGCUCAAAACCCGAUAAUGAUACAAGUGCAAAGAAGUCUUCGGGUAAGAAAAAAAAUGAAGCAGUUAAGAAGAAGUCAUCAACUCUAAAGAAUUCUGCGUCAAAAGAGACGACUGGGAAGCAGGUUGCGAAGGGUAAAGCCAAGUCCAAGGAGGACAAAGUAAAGCCAAGUGACGAUGAACUUAAAAAUUCAAUAUGUGAGAUUCUCAAAGAGGUGGACUUCAAUACGGCCACCUUCACUGAUAUUCUAAAGCAACUAGCAAAGCGAUUCGAUGUGGACCUGACGCCAAGAAAAUCAAUAAUAAAGCUCAUGAUUCAGGAUGAGCUAACAAAACUAGCCGAAGAACAAGAUGAAGAGGAUGAAGGUGAUAACAAGAAGAACGUUGAACAAUCUUCUAGCCGAGGUGUACGUGCCUGA